UGAGGAUUUUACUAAUAAUUUCCAUGAAUAUGUAAAGAUGAAGCAUCUCGAAAGGAUGAUCCAAGAAGCUGCUAAUGGAGUGGAAGAUACUAUUGACUCACAUGUAUAUGAUAGCUAUGUUUUAGUACAAAGCAAUCGAGUACGAAGAAAGGCUUAUACGAUCUUUCAUCAAAACUUGGAAUAUGCAAUUGAGGAAAUUGGUUUGAUACAAAAAGAGGUUAUGAAAAAGAUAAAGGUCAACAAGUUCAACAGCAAAAUCUCUCAUUCAAGAGAUACUUCAUCUCAGAUCCCUUUGGAUCAAAAAGAUGUAAUCAUUGGACUGGAUGAAGACUUGCUAAGGAUAAAAGAUAGACUCAUCGUGCAAUCAUCAAAACUCGAAGUUGUCCCUAUUAUAGGGAUGGGUGGUAUUGGCAAGACCACACUGGCUAGAAGAGUUUAUGAUGAUUCCUUGAUUGCAUACCAUUUUUAUGUCCGAGCAUGGACAAAUGUAUCUCAAGAAUUUGACACUAGAGAAAUUUUUCUUGGUAUUCUUCGCUCCAUUGGCGUGGUCAAGGAUGAAGUAGAAAGAAACAGUACUAAUGAGCAAUUGGCUGAAAGAGUUUAUCGAAGUUUAAAAGGGAGGAAGUAUCUUAUUGUCCUAGAUGAUAUGUGGUCUAUCGAGGCUUGGCAGCAUGUGAGGAGAUCAUUUCCUGAUGAUCAUAAUGGAAGUCGAAUCGUGUUGACCACAAGGCUUGUAGAUGUUGCAUCUUGUGCUUGCUCUGGCAAUUCCCUUCACCAGAUGCGCUUUCUGAGUGUGGAGGAAAGCUGGACUCUUUUACGCGAUAAGGUCUUUGGGAACGGUAGUUACCCUCCGGAAUUGGAGAAAAUUGGGAGGUACAUUGGUCAUCAGUGUCAAGGGUUGCCACUUGCAGUUGUUGCAAUUGGUGGACUACUUUCCAAGACGAGCAAGGAAACAAGUUCUUGGGAGAAUGUUGCAGAAAAGGUAGGAUCACUUAUGACCAGUGACACUAUGGAUUGUUUGAACAUACUUUCUUUGAGCUACAACCACUUGCCUCAGUACUUGAAAACAUGCUUCCUUUAUAUGGGAGUUUUUGCAGAAACUCGUGAGAUUCCGGUCUGGAAGUUAAUAAAGUUAUGGAUUUCUGAGGGCUUCGUCAAGAAAGUCAAUCAUAAAAAUCUAGAAGAUGUGGCAGAGGAAAAUUUGAGGGAGUUAGUUGAUAGAAGUUUGGUUUUGGUGGGGAAGCAUACUUCCCUAGGAAAAAUCAAGACUUGUAAGAUGCAUGAUCUCGUUCAAGAUAUGUGUUUGAGAGAAGCCCAAUAUGAGAAUUUUAUACACUUCAAAACAAGAACAAACCUACAAUGGGAAGACAUGAACAUUCUCAGAAAAUUACCUAAUCUUGAGGUGCUCAAACUUAAAGAUCAUUCCUUUCGCGGACUAAUUUGGAAACUAAGCAAUGAAGACGAAGAUGGAUUCUUGAAGCUAAAGUUUUUACUUCUUGAGCGCAUGAGUCUGAAGCAAUGGGAAGCAACAAGUUAUCAUUUUCCAAGCCUUGAGCACUUAGUCCUAACAGAUUGCCGGUACUUGGAACAAAUUCCUUUCGACUUUGCGGAGAUUCAGUCACUACAGCUGAUUGAACUACACGAAUGUAAGCGUUCUGUUCUUGUUUCAGCAGAGCAAAUACAAGAGGAACAACAAAGCUUUGGAAAUGAUGACCUCAUUAUUCGUGUGAACUCUAUCUAUACUUGAGUAAACAUUAAUCAAAAAGACGUAACGACUAGCUGAUGGAGAGUACCAUAAGGUAUAUAUACUCAAGCAAAUUUGCAGAAGUUCAUGAUCUUUCCUGUCUCUGUAUUUCGAUUUUUUUUUUUCAAAUUCUGGGAAGUAAGUUAGUGAAAUAGUCAUGUUUCAACUUGUUUAGGACUGAGACAUAGUUUAGUGAAUCUGACAUCUAUAUACAUUCAUCAGAAAGAAUGCAUUACCUUUGGAAUGUGUAUAUAGUUGAAUAACUUCUCUUUUUAUUGAAAUUGAUUCUAUAAUUCAG